AAAAAAGGUGUGCUUUUGUGGUCACAGAAGUGUGUAGUUCUGAGUACUUAAUUACAUCUUGUUUGACAAGAACUCUUGUUAGAAGGAGCGGUUCUCCUCGCCCCCCUUAUUGUUAUUGUUGUUAGAAGGAGCUUGUGCUCAAUAAUUUGCGGCUACUAGCUGCUUGUCUCUCUCUCUCUUCAACGAAGAAGUAGAUUUGGUCGAUUUUUUUAAGGAUUGAGCAAAUCACGGAGAUUUAUUCUUGGGUACUUCUGAACCAAAUCUAUCAGCGAAGGCCAUUAUAGUUGUACUCUUCUUGUACUCUUCGCUCACCAAAUGUAGAAGAGAAUCUCGCACGCGUUGUGUUGAGACCUCGCUUUUAAGAUAGAGAACUAGGACCGUAAUUAAGUCUUUUAUUGACCUUAAAAAUUCGCUGUAGUGCUAGUUAGCAAUAAUACUGAUAGAACCGAAUUCAUGAACCACCCAUCAUUAUUUUUCCUAAAGCGAAAUCUUAUGGUGAUGUUGUUCGUGUCUGAUUAUAUAGCAAUUUGAAAUCAAAUCCUAAAUGGACUAUAUGUUCCUUUUAUUUUCUUCAAAUCUAUCGUAAUGCACUCGGGAGCACCCUUACCCCCUCUUCGACGCUCGAUUAUUGGACCCGUUUGGAGAAACCCCGAAAGACGAGUCUCGCUAAAUCUUGCACGACCCCCAAAAGCCCCCUACUACUAGAGUUUAAAACAUACAAAUUCCUAUUCUGGUCCGAUUCAGGCUUCUGAAUGUCCCAUGUUUUAAUCAACUUACUGCACAGUUGCAUAUUACUAUUAUCCUGACCAUUCAUGAAACCCGGAAACAACUGGAGUUGAGUUUGAUAAGCGGUAAAAACAGGACGUUUUUUACCCCUGUGAACCAUCCGCACCACACAUACUUAUAAUUUUUUCAUAUUUACAUCCACCACCUGUUUGAACGCGCUCUCGGUUCCACCUGAUUGAAGCUGCGUUUUCAACAGAAUUUUCCAGUUACAAAGGGACUAGUAUUUAAGCCUUAAAAUUGUAGUUAUUUUUGCAGUAACAUGCCCCAAUAGGGGGCGGGAGAAGACUUAUUUGCUAGACUUGUUUGUAAGAAGAAGGAGUCACCACCUAUUUGUAAGAAGAAGUAGCGACCUAAGUCGAUGAUUUAUUUCUGUAUAAAUGAUUAGAAUUGACGUAAAAACGGACGUCAUGGUACCUGAAUUCGUUUUUUCGUAAAAGCCUCCGGAGGAGCGACGAUGGAGGCAGAGGUGAGGAGAGGAAGGACGAAGGCCGUAGCUUCCAAGCAGACAGGCGUUUGUAGGCGGCGGUCCUCCAAGACUGAGAAGAAUGGCUCCUUCGUGCUCUCAACUUCUAGUACAACUUCGAGUUCCACGAUCACAAUCAUGAAAAAAGAACUACCACGAGCAGUACCUACCAGUACCAAUUGUGGCUGGCACCCAAACGCUUCUGCCGCCACCAUUGUGGCUACACCAAUGGGUACGACCAAUGGAGGGCACAAGAACAUAUUCUGUCUCCGCAAUGACACCAGGGGGCAAGCGCUCCUAUACCAAUUGAACAGGAUGAUGAAUGGACAGCACGCUGUAACCACGGUGUUGUCCCAGACGGGAAGAUCGUCAUCUUCUCCACGGUUCUUGCUUCAAAAAUGCAAGACGACGUACGCCGGCUUGUGUCUAGUGCUGUACUUUUUUGCUCUUUUUUGCUGGGUCGUGCCGAUAGAAGUCAAGGCAGCACCACAGCCACCCGGACCUAGGGGUGUCACGAUAGUCAAGGCGGACACUGCAAAUGCUGCCAAUUACAACCAAGGCGAUCAGACUCUGGCUUGGGCCUACCAGAAUCGUCUCCGAGUUAUGGAUAGUCCUCGAUUACCCGAGUCCGUCGCCACUUGUCCGGCAGGUGCUCCUGCUACAACAACUUUAACUUUUUAGAGCACUCUAUAUAAGCUGCAACUUUCCAAAAUAUGAUUCCCACAAAAAUGACAUCGAAGCCAUCUGGAGCUGGACAGCCAUGUUGUAUAAGCGUAUCCACUUCUAUUUGCAUAAGAUUCUUGUUCCGUUGUACUCUUAUACAAGAUAUUGACAUGUUCGUGCUGUUACAUUGCCAAAAGAUCAUCAAGAUGAGAAUACUGAAUGAGUAGAGCAAUGGUAGUGGGCCGGAGUUUGCAUAAGCAUACGCUUUUUUUUUCGCCAGAAACCUUCGCGCGGGCCAGCUUCUUACCUCACACCAACCGGAGGGCAAGUGUUUCGAUUGGAUAGGGCUGCGCCAAAAUAUUGGCAAUUGUCUUACCUAUUCAACUGUGUCAUCUUUUUAACGGCUCGUAGUUUGCGUAUCCACCCAAUUUCUCUUCCCAUAAUAUUUUCCAGGUACCAAAGUUGUUGGAGGAUUUUGCUGGGAACCUCUAGGAUGGUCUCGAGAGGGUACGCAUCAGCAACUUUUUCGUGGCGACAUGGUUCCGUCAACAAACAGUUUCAACUUUAUGGAGAGUCUUGAAAUGUCUACGUACACGUUAAUGUCUAUUUCGUAAGUAAGUUGUAGGGCAAUUAUAUUUGUUAGGUUAUUCGCAACUUAACGAUGUGCUUCGUAGUUUUCUGAGAACAACACGACUUUUAAAACGUACUCCAAUGCAACCUCACUGGACUAGGUCCUGGAAGGAUGCAUCUACUUUUGUGUCCGCUCUAGUACAUUUCUAGUCUAUCUGUUAUUGCGCCAGGCGGUCUUCUUACGUUGUCGCGUGCUUCCCAGUCGUCAGUGACUGAGUGAGUGACUGCAUGAAUAGCAUAGUCCUCUUCAAACGCAAUGUAUUAAUAUGUUUAGGAAGUUGAAAUAGAGAUUACAAACGACCGCGCACCCACAUAUCCAAUAGGGCGACUAUUUCGACCUCGAGUAUUUUCAACCGUUGAUGAAGUUCGAUACUAAAACUCCUUGCACUCCAAACGCUUCCUCUAAUGAUGGCCAUCUUUCGUUUAGAAUACAGCAUACCACUCGGAGUACGGGCGGGACAAGGGCACACGCGGUUUGCGCUGAUCAAUCAUUGCAGAUCCAAUACCACCACAGCAACUGUAUGGAACCCGGUACUGCCGACAACGGGUGGACCGAAGGGGAUAGCCAGUUUACGACCACCCCCGGAGGCUCGUCCGCGGCCAAGGCCAGCAUCUUUAAGGCUGAGAAUUCAUUGGUCAUUGAGAGUGGUCUUUGACAUCAAAGACACGAGGAGGCACUGUUGUGAAGGGAUGGUGGGAAACUAGGGAGGCAUUUGUGUGAGAGAAAAUACUAAAUAGACUUCGGGAAAAGGUGGGAGCUUUGGGGGUGUCUUUUGUUCCGAUCAGAAUUAGUGACCAAUGAGUCCCGAGCUUUAAGAUCUGCACUCCGACAACGCACAGGUUACUUGAGUACGAUUACUUCCCUCCAGAAAGAUACGCCGCUGCCUGUCCAACUGGUAUACUACAAAAUAAGGAGAGUCUUAUGAGAAAGUGAGUAAUAUAAAUGACUACAGUAGUUUCGCGGAUAAAUAUUUGCUAAACGAGACACUCCUUGACCAUCAUAGAUCAUCUUCUUAUUCUUACGAUUUGGCUGACCCUCAUCAUUCUUUCAUCCAAAAAAAAAACUCCCAAAAAAAAACGACUGGAUCAAAUACGUUGACCAAACUCCGCAAUUCCAAUUGUGUCGCUGUAGCAGUUGUGUCAAUUUGAGACGUCGACUGCGGUUCUCAACUUUUACAAUGAAAUAAUCAUGGUUUCAACAUAAAUAAGAUGUAACGACGAAUCAUGACUGAUGAUGAACGACGCUGAUCUUCAGUUUUCAAGCCGAUCAGGACGAAGAAGAGUCACGUUUUUAUUAAAUUCUGAAAAGAAUGUCUUUUAAAAAGUGGAGCAACCACUACUAAUACUGGCGUCAGGAGCCGCACAGCUUUGUCUGCACUGUAGGCGGAAACCAACCUAACCUACUUACCCUAUUGGGUAAUGUCUAACUUUAUACUGUGAUUUUUACCAGGUACGCGAUUCUUGGGGUUCGGAUUCGGAGCGUCCAAGCAAGGCAACCAAGGACAGUUUCUCACCCCUGGUUUUUGCACCUCCGGCUUGAACGAGCGCGAGAUCAAGCACUACUAUGGUCCGGCGCAGGUUACUCCCGGAGGCAACAUUUGGAACUGGUUCAACCUAAACUCGAAGAAAAAAGGUGGGAUCACCAAUGAGGACCUGUGCGUGGAGGGCAUGAUUGGGACGGACUUUGGCAGUGUUCAUCUCGCGUGCACGGCCGACCCAACGGUCGAGCGGAAAAUUCUGAUGGGUUCGCGCUACUUGAAGUGCGAAUCAACCUACUGUCAAGAGAACAGGGGCGGUUCUUGGGUUGAUACGACCCUCCUGUCCGCCGACGUGAACGAAUUGACCAAGCACAACACUAUAUUUACGGGCAACUUCUAUAACGUCAACCCACCAUUUGGAGGAACAUCGUUUGUUAAUUUUCCUUCCUCCUUUGUACUCGUUUACAAGCCCGCAAAUAGAUACUAUAAAGAUAACCUGUAGUUCCCUCUCUUGGAGAAGACUCAGCUAAGACUAAGCUAUGAGGAAGAUGGGCUCAUCUUCGUAACUCUAAUAAAGCGGGAAUCCGCUACGCCUUUCAACAGUGCCCAGAAGGCUACGAAGUGGUGACUGGUUCGUGUCUCAGUUCAGGGGUCGCCACCCCCUUGGGUGUUGCCGUUCCGCAGCACCGGGCAUGGAUUUGUCCCUUGUCCAAUCAGGACAUCCAAUACAUGGGAGUACUACAGCUUUUAUAAAUGUGUGAUACUGGUAAGAAGUACUUCAAUGCGGACGUCCAAUGGAUGCUCCUCGGAAUACUACUAUAUGAUUUUGUAUACUAAAAUGAAUCUUCUAGUGGCUAGUGCUCCGAUCACGUGUCUCGCGCUCGUAAUAUAACGACAAAGCUUUUCUUACGCAAGGGUAAUCUUCUGUGCCUUUCUAUUAAAAUAAAAGUAAGGCGUCACAAUUAUAUGGUCAUCUUUUAAUGAAAUACCUAAACUCAAAAAUUGAAUCGAAGAUACCUAAACUAUGCACGUCGACGUCAGCAUGAAGCUUUGGAUUUUAGAUAUGACUACAAAUGGCCGCAAAUGAUACGAUCACAUUCCUUGUUUAUGCAAAGUAUUUCUGAUGCUAGCUGAGCGACACCUGUUCUUGUAUUGAGGUUGUAGAUGAUUAAUUUACAUCUGUUCAUCUUCUACUGUGCCAUUUGUCUCUGCAGGGAGAAUGAUCGUUAGUUCCUGUUGGGAGAAUUUUUUUGCGAAUGUUUCAGCAUGGCUGAUUUAGAUGUUUUUUCGGAAUUUUUUUUCUGUUCUUCACGUUCACUUUUUCUUUCUGACAGGCAUCGGCAACCUGCGUGAAGCCAGUGCAGCAGCAAUGGCAGCGUGUGUAUCUGAGCAACACCGAGCGGUCGAACCCCGUGCAGCGCAACGUGCCCCUGUUCUUUGAGGCGGAGCUGGAGUUGACGCUGUCCCAACUCGGGGUGGACACUUUUCUGUCCGUCGGCGACCGCACGUCAUCCGGAGGUUCCACCGACGGCACGUACGCUAACCGCGGGGUUGGCUACAGCAGCGAAUCUGGGGAAUAUGGUGGCAGCGCAUCGAGCCAGGACACGACGAAGACCACGGCCUCGCUGCGUGAGCUAGCAAUGACGCUUCGCCGCGCCCUCAGCUCGGUGCUGGAGAAGCAUCCCCGCAUGGUAAGUCGUAACUCCGUGUCGCGCAGCCGACACAUGGUAGUGAAGGUCCGCGAGAGUAAGCAGAGUCAAGCGCAAUUUCCCACCGCCACGAGUGCAAACACGACGAUCACUGUCGCGAUGGGGAUACGACAGGUCGGUCGCGCGGAAGCGGCGAUGAUCGACAACAAGUACGAGCCCCGCGCGUCUUCCUAUGCGUACACGCAGACCUACCGCGCAGAAAAGAGUGUUGUGAAUAAUGCCAGCUUUGUCGGCGACGCGGCGAUCGGUAUCAACGCCGCCACGCUCAUGCAGCUUUUUUCCGCCUCCCACCCAGCUAGCACCGGCGAGUUGAUUCCCGCGUUGCGUUACUUCCUGGACGAAAGAUUCGGUAUUGAUUUUCCCUUUGUGGACUCGAUUGCGGGUCCUUCGGGAGGAAAGUCUUCGCUAUUCAUUACCUCGAUCAAAGUCGUAACACGGCACCUGCGCCCGCAGCGCUCGUUUCGAGCUGCCUUCCCGUUGAAAACGACCUUUGCCUUGGCAACCGGUAGCUCGGUCACGAGUUCCGCUGGUGUCGUGUCGGGCGUCACGUUGCCAGGGAACGCCGACGAAAUGGUCGCUCAGGACUUCGCAGAUAAGGCUGGCGUGGACCCGCUGAAGAGUGCACUGGACAAACUGACCUCGCUUCGUGCCGACAAAUACGCGCAUCUAAGCGCGGUGUACCACCCGACGGUAACACACGUGAGCGGCGAUGCAGAGGGCGCAAGUCUGGUGGUAGCUGCGCCUGUGGGCAUUGCAGACGCGGUCGGCGAACAAUUCCUUUACAAGAAAGCUGCGGACCGGGAAACCCUUCGCACAGUCCUGCACGGCUACUACGCCAGCGGCGGCGACGGUGCUGGAACGCAGUCCUCUGCUGGAGUUGCGAUGGAAGAAUACCUCGCUGCUGGACCAAUGUCAACCGGCCUGGGAGUGAACGUUCCCCAGGCACCGGACGCGCGCAAGCGUUUGUACUUGGAGUUUGAGCUCACGGUGCAGUGCGAUAACAGCGCCACGACGUUCGAGACCGGGAUUCAAGAGAGUCUUUCCACGUUCUACAGCGCGUUUACGUUCGAUGUAACCGCGUGGGAUCAGGCGAAAGCUUUUCAGAGAGGAGAGUAUGGCAACAGUGGCAGCGUGUCUGCCGGACCCGCGUGGAACGCCGGAGCCCCUCGAUCCCUCAUUCCGGGACUUCAGUAUGCCGUGGCCACAGCUCUGCGCAUGCGCGACCAAGCCUGGCUCGUUUUCGAGGUUCUGCCUGACGAUGUUUACGUGAUUCCCCACAACCCUGAGGCGGAGCUGCUCACUGCCGGCGAACGCAAGCUGACGGUUGUGAUUCCGCUCGACGUGAAUCCAGACCUGCCUGACGUGGACGUGAAUAACCCGGACCCCAGCCACUGGGCGGGACCCACGGAGCAGCACAAGGAGGCUGUGAAGCUGCACAAGUACCUGUCCGCAGACUCAGGCGUGAAAGCCCUGCUCGAGCGCGAGGUGGUGGAAGUGUUCAAGUCCGGGAAUGAGGACACCGCAGUUGUAAUCACAUCCGCCACUCUCUCGAAGCCUUUUCAGCUCGUCGUCGAUGACGCCUUUGCAGAAACGCACGCGAUUCCUGGCAGCGCCAGCUAUGGCGUGGGUAACUACUCGGGUGCCGCGAGCGAAACUGCGGUUGGAUCGCGUGCGGGCACCGUGUAUCUGUCCAACGUGAAGGAUGCGCAGUCCUUCAAGGAGGAAGUGCUGUAUGGGCGGUCGCCUGGCUUUGGUGAAGGCGGUCGCAGCGCGGCGCUGGCUGGAUCUGUCUUCUCGCUGGAGGAAACGACCAGUGCGGCGUACGUCCCUGCUGCGCUGGGUUCCGAUCCGGCGCGGGACUUCUCCUACUAUGGCGCAGGUCCGGGCACGGAUUGGGGCGGAUUCGCCUUCCUGGAAUUCUCGUUUCGCCUGGAUGCACACACCUCCUUCGCGCAGUACCUGACGGGAUUCAGCGGGACCCUGUACGAGGAGAGCGGAGGCUUGCCGGCCACGAAUGCGGAGCUCGAGGAGCACAUCCGUCGGGGCAUCUUCGAGGCGCUGGACGAAGAGUUCGAGCUGGGUGAGAUCGAAGUGACGGCGUUUCGGCCCUCUUCCCUGGGUGUGCGCAAAGGGUCCGCCAGGGAGGUGAAAGUGACCAUGCACGCAGACGACCGAUUGUCGCUUGCGCGGCUGGAGCGGCUCCGGGCGAAGACUUGCCUUCCCGUCUUUGCAGAGGCCACAGCGAACAGUACAGCGGUGAGUCUGGUCGCCGGGGAUGCACAGUGGGGCGCGGCGGCAACGAGCUCGCCGGUGACGGGAACGGCGUACGCGCGAUCGUUCUACGGAGCCAGCACUUCGACCAGCGCCUCGACGGCUGCCGUCGACGCGGGCACCGCUGCACUGCUGGGC